GAAAGGCACAGUGCUACCUGAACUGCGUGGAGGGAAAGGUUUCCUUUAUUGUUGCCUGUUGUCUCUACAAGUGCCUGAUCAGCCAAACCAAGAACCAUGCCCACUGACGCCCAAACUGACGCCCGCUCCUUCCUGACUGAGGAGAUGAUUUCAGAGUUCAAGGCCGCCUUCGACAUGUUCGACACAGACGGUGGCGGUGACAUCAGCACCAAGGAGUUGGGCACCGUGAUGAGGAUGCUGGGCCAGAAUCCGUCUAGAGAGGAGCUGGAUGCCAUCAUUGAGGAGGUGGAUGAAGAUGGCAGCGGUACUAUCGACUUUGAGGAGUUCCUGGUCAUGAUGGUGCAGCAGCUAAAGGAGGACCAGGCCGGAAAGAGCGAAGAGGAGCUUUCAGAAUGUUUCCGCAUUUUCGACAAGAACGGAGACGGCUUCGUUGACCGGGAAGAGUUUGGAGAUAUCCUCCACAUGACUGGAGAGCAGGUUGCGGAGGAAGACAUUGAUGAAAUGUUUGGCGAAUCAGACUCAAACAAAGACGGAAAAAUUGAUUUUGAUGAGUUUCUCAAGAUGAUGGAGAACGUCCAGUGAUGAGCCCAGCUCUACAUUCCUUCCUCAGAAAUCAAAUAAACCCCUCAAAGAAGAAACUAAAUGCUACAAAUAUGAAUGGUUUACAAAGUGUAUAAACCCAGUUGAAUUAAACAUCUCCACACUUCUCCCCCUCAGUCAGCGCUUCCUCUCUUUCUUCUCAUGUAAAACUCAGAUCAGAGUGUUGUUAAAGAUUUCUAUAAAUAUACAUUCAGACCAUUUAAGACGAACACACUUUCUUACGCCGGCCCCUCAGCUGUCCUGUUGGCAGCUGCCGUGUCUCCAGAAAUGCAACACCAGCUGGCUUCAACCCCCCCACUUUCAUCCUGCUCACCCUCAGACCAGAGUCUCUUCCACACCAUGAGCUCUGCUCUAUAAAUAAACCAAGCUUCUUCCUUA